AUGGAGACAGCCCCCAAGCCGGGCAGGGGUGUCCCACCCAAGAAGGACAAACUUCAGGCCAAGAGCAAGAAACGGCGGCGAUACUGGGAGGAAGAGACGGAUCCGACCACUGCCGGAGCCUCUCCAGGGCCCACUCCUAACAAGAAGAGGAAUCGGCAGUUCCGCCCCCAGAGGCCAAAGAACGCUUGCAUUCCAAAGAAGUCUCGGAUCUCCAAGAAGCCCCAGCUCCCGAAGAAACCCCGAGAAUGGAAGAAUCCGGACCCCCAGCGGAGCUUGUCCGGGGCCCAGGACCCAUUCCCAGGCCCUGCUCCAAUCCCUGUGGAGGUGGCCCAGAAGUUCUGUCGCAUUGACAAAUCCAAAAAGCUACCACAUUCUAAGCCCAAAACUCGAAGCAGACUUGAGGUGGCUGAAGCCGAGGAAGAGGAAACCAGUGUCAAAGCUGCUCGUUCUGAGUUGCUGCUUGCUGAGGAACCUGGGUUUCUGGAAGGGGAGGAUGGGGAAGACACAGCAAAGAUACGCCAGGCUGACAUCGUGGAGGCUGUGGACAUUGCAAGUGCAGCCAAACACUUUGACUUGAAUCUGAGGCAGUUUGGACCAUACAGACUUAACUACUCUCGAACUGGGAGACACUUGGCUUUUGGAGGGCGUCGGGGUCAUGUGGCUGCCCUUGACUGGGUGACAAAGAGGCUCAUGUGCGAGAUCAACGUCAUGGAGGCAGUGCGGGACAUUCGAUUUCUCCAUUCUGAGGCACUGCUUGCUGUUGCUCAGAACCGCUGGCUUCACAUCUAUGACAACCAGGGGAUCGAGCUCCACUGCAUCCGCCGCUGUGACAGAGUAACGCGGCUCGAGUUCCUGCCCUUCCACUUCCUCCUGGCCACAGCUUCAGAGACAGGGUUUCUGACCUACCUGGAUGUGUCGGUGGGGAAGAUCGUGGCAGCUCUGAAUGCUAGGGCUGGGCGGCUGGAUGUCAUGACUCAGAACCCUUACAAUGCCGUCAUCCAUCUCGGACACAGCAAUGGUACUGUGUCUUUAUGGAGUCCUGCCAUGAAGGAGCCACUGGCAAAAAUUCUCUGUCACCGUGGUGGGGUCCGGGCUGUGACAGUGGAUUCUACAGGCACGUACAUGGCCACAUCUGGCCUGGACCACCAGCUGAAGAUCUUUGACUUGCGAGGGACGUUCGAGCCUCUGAGCGCUCGGACUCUGCCCCAGGGAGCAGGGCACCUAUCCUUCUCCCAGCGGGGACUCCUGGUUGUGGGAAUGGGUGAUGUCGUCAACAUAUGGGCAGGGCAGGGCAAGGCCAGCCCACCCUCCCUGGAGAAGCCCUACCUCACCCAUCGGCUUUCUGGCCACGUGCAUGGCCUUCAGUUCUGCCCCUUUGAAGAUGUGUUGGGGGUGGGGCACAGUGGAGGCAUCACCAGCAUGCUGGUCCCUGGGGCUGCUGAGCCCAACUUCGAUGGCCUGGAGAGUAACCCUUACAGAAGCCGGAAGCAGCGCCAGGAGUGGGAGGUGAAAGCUCUGCUGGAGAAGGUACCUGCAGAGCUCAUUUGUCUAGACCCACGAGCCCUGGCGGAGGUUGACAUCAUCUCUUUGGAGCAGCAAAAGAAGGAGCGGAUAGAGAGGCUGGGCUAUGACCCCGAGGCCAAGGCCCCCUUCCAGCCAAAGCCAAAGCAGAAGGGCCGCAGCUCUACGGCAAACCUGGUGAAGAGGAAGAGGAAGGUCAUGGACAAGGAGCACAGGGACAAGGUCCGGCAGAGCCUUCAGGAGCAGCAGCAGCAUAAGCAAGAGAAGGCCAAGCCCAUGGGCACCUGGCCAUCUGCCCUGGACAGAUUUGUGCACUGAGCCAGGCUCCAGGAUGGCCUGGGAACAACAGUCUCUCCCCAGAAUCACCUGUAGGGAAAUGACUGUUCCCUGGAAUGACGGGGGGCAAUGUGGCCUCCUCCCCAACUAGUGGUGGAAAGCUGGCUGCUGGGGUGGGUUGGUAUUAAAAAGGAAGGCAAUUUUUUGGA